GGUUUACCACGGCGCGACGCAAGGAGCCAAGCGGGCCCACGUUGCAGCCAAGACAGGGCGAUCGGUCGGUCCCCCCUUUGACAAGGAAAUUUCUCCGUCGGAGAGGGAGCACGGGGGAGAGACGGAUAGAGAUGGGAGAGGCAUCGCCGGAGUCCAGCGGCGCGGUGGCCGGAGGGCCGUCUGUCCCGGGGCCGCCGAGGAAGGGGAAGUCGUGCAAGGGCUGCCUCUACUACUCGUCGGUGCUCAAAUCCCGGGGAUACAACCCCAUCUGCGUGGGGAUCCCUCGCUCCAUCCCCCAAGUCCCGGGCUUCGUGGUGGAAGAGCCUAGGGAGGAGGCCGCGGCGCAGGGGCAUGAUCUGAGACAGUUCAAAUACGCCUGUGCCGGUUACUCCAUGUUCGUCGACGACAGAGACGCCAAAAGCGGCGAGAAUGACGCCAAGGCGCUGUUGCCGUAUUGCCAGGGCCUCGAGCUAUUGGUGGACAGCAGAAUGGUCGAGAGAAAAUCACCCGCUGUAGAGCAUGCUUCAACGCGUAAUCCGAAACCAAAAGAAGCUGCUGCUGCUGCUGCUGCUGCCACGCAGCCUCUGGAGCAAGGACAGCGACCACAGCUGGCGAGACAGGAAUUCAUGGCGAGGUUCAGGAGGAGCGCCGGGCUGGUGGCCUCAGGGGUCGCCAAGAACCUCAACAAAACGGGCAGCUACAUCAAGCAAAACGUCGAGGACAUAUUUUCCCCUGACCGACGGCCACCACCCAAGCAGUAGCCGACCGCCACGCGAGGUCGUCCAUUUCCGAGCCGGGAAGCCUGAGAAAACUGCCAUGCAGGUGAAGGGAAAAAGGCUACCCGGCAUGCAGCGGACGCUUUCCUGCGGCGUGGUACUGAGUGAAUUCCUUUUGCUGUAUACUUGUUUGAUUUUUGCUAUUUAUAUAGAAACAACUGGGGUCUGGUUAUGUACAUGAGAAACUGGAUAUAGGGUGUUUCUUCUCCGUUGGAGCCGGUCGUUGGGGUGGUUGCUGAAUAAUAAUAUGUCCAAGGUGUUUGUUUCAACUCAGAAGGUCCUUUUGAGAAUGAGGAAUUCAUGCUACUGCUGUUUAUCUA